AUGACUGAAGCUCCUGGAUGUUUUCGUCUUCCGAAAAUGCAUCGAUGGGUGUCAUUAUUCAUGGCGAUGUGGAGCAAGGAUGAAUUUCUCCAGAUCACUGUAGGCAUGCAGGAACAUUCUCACCAGCUCAAAUUCCUGCGAAAACAGCACAGCAGAUUUCGGAGCGAAACUGGACGAAUUGACAUGGACGCCUUCUCGACUAGGGUAAAAACGUUUGACGCGUUUCCGAAGCUCAACUCACAGCAUGCUGUUCGGUCUCAAAGAGGUGGGCUAUCCACAAUCAUGACCGUAGUCUUCAUUUUAUUCGUGAUGUGGGUGCAAAUAGGAGGCUUUCUUGGCGGCUAUGUUGACCAUCAGUUCGUCGUAGACGACCAAGUUCGUUCAGACUUGCGUAUAAAUUUGGAUAUGAAGGUGGCGAUGCCGUGUGAAUUUCUUCAUACCAAUGUCAUGGACAUCACCGAUGACCGAUUUCUUGCAAGCGAAGUGUUGAAUUUUCAAGGAAGUUAUUUUUUCGUGCCGGAUUUAAUCCGUAUGAACGACGCAACCACCGAUUACGAAACACCAGAAUUGGAAGAAAUAAUGCUAGAAGCAGGUCGGUAUGAAUUCGAUAGAGAAGGUUAUCAUGAAGCCGAGUCGGCGCCUGCAUGCCAUAUUUUUGGCUCAAUUCCUGUCAACCAAGUCAGUGGAGACUUUCAUAUUACCGCUAAGGGCAUGGGAUACCGAGAUCGGGCACAUGUAGAUCCGCAAGCUCUCAAUUUUUCCCAUAUUAUAGCGGAGUUUUCGUUUGGUGAAUUCUACCCAUUGAUCAAAAAUCCUCUUGAUUUCACCGGAAAAACCACUGACGACCACUUUCAAGCGUACAAGUACUACGCAAAGGUGGUGCCUACACUUUACGAACGUAUGGGAUUACAAGUAGAUACCAACCAAUAUUCCAUCACCGAGCUGCACCGCAAAUAUGAGCUCAACACCAACGGUCGUAUCCAAGGCGUGCCAGGAAUUUUUUUCAAAUACGAGUUCGAGGCUAUAAAAUUGAUAGUGUCGGAUAAACGGAUACCGUUCACCCUGUUUGUGGCUCGCCUCGCUACCAUUAUCGGUGGGGUAUUUAUCGUCGCGGGAUACCUAUUCCGUCUUUAUGAAAAAUUGCUAAAAAUACUUUUUGGCAAAAAGUAUGCGACCAAGGACACAGAGCGUAAGGAAGGAGGGUUACUUGACCGAGACUAUUAG